AUGUCUACCACAGAGGGCUUUACCUCUUACCACCCACCAGCUCACCACAUCCCAAUCAUAUCCGAAGUCCAGAGCCUCUUCUCAACAUCUCUCAUUCCCACAGAAGUGGUCAGCUCACUCCCCAAUGGCUAUACCAUCCGCCCGCUUUCGCGAGACGACUACGCCAAGGGCUUCUUCGACUGUCUGCGCGUACUGACCUGGGUGGGCGACCCCACCGAAGCCGAGUUCACUGAGCGGUUCGACGAGAUGGUCGAGGCGAAGGGCACUUAUUACUUCGUGGUGAUCGAGUACGAAGGCUGUAUUGUGGGCACGGGCUGUUUAGUCGUUGAGAGGAAAUUCAUCCACAACCGCAGCAAGUGCGGCCACAUCGAGGAGAUCUCGAUAGCCAAGGAAUACCAGGGCAAGGGGCUCGGGUUGAAGAUAAUGGAGGCGCUGGACUCGGUGGCGGUCGCUGUGGGCUGCUCGAAGAGCAUUCUCAACUGCGGGCCACGGAAUGAACCCUUCUAUGUCAAAUGCGGGUAUGAGAAUACGGGUGUAGAGAUGACCCGGACUUAUGUCAACGACGAAUCCGAGUAG